AUGAGGGGGAACAAAAUUAUGGAGUUCAUGGAGCAUAAGCUUCCUAACUGGGAGUUUUACUCUAGUCCGAUCAUUGAGGGUAGACUUCUGAUAGUUUGGAGGAAGGUUUUUGCGAGGGUUACAAUUCUGGAAGAAUCUUAUCAGUAUGUUCAUUGUUUGGUCAAAAUGGCUGGGGAUUUCAAUGCCCAUUUCUCUGGUUUGGACAGAUCUGGUGGGAAACCAGUUUCAGGUUUGGAAUUGGCUGAUUCUCUACAAUGGCUUGCUGAUACUCAAGUUGAGUCUCUUAAGAGUAUUGGCUCCUAUUUUACUUGGACAAACAACCAAGAAGGUCCAGCUAGAAUCUAUUCAAAAAUUGACCAUGUGUUCAUGAAUGAGGAUUGGCUUGAUAUCUUUCCUCAUUCUAUGGCUGUGUUUAGAUGGGAAGUAGUUUUGGAUCAUUGCUCGUGUGUUGUUACUAACUUGCCUAUGAAGAAGGUGGGAAUCAAGCUGUUUAGAUUUUACAAUUUUUGGACAGACCAUCCUGGUGUCAAAGAAGUGGUUAUGAGUAGUUGGAGGGUCCCUGUUAAGGCGACUGGGUUAAGGGCUAUAUACUUAAAGAAAAUGAGGCUAAAGCAUAGAUUAAAGAAAUUUAAUAGAGAUAACAUUGGUGAUAUAGGUAUGAACUAUCACUCAGCUAAGGAGGCUUAUCAAGAAGCUCAAUUUCAAGCUCAAUCUCAUCCUCGAGACUACAGCUUGCAAGAGGUAGUGAAAGUAGCUGCUGAAGCUGUAACUGUUUAG